AUGGGAGGGUUUGGUACCCGUGCUAUUCGAUCAGGCCUGCCGCGUGACGCCGGAACAGGUGCUCUGGUCGAACCUAUAUUCCUUGCCACUACCUUUGCUCAGCAUCAAGUGGGAACUCCCACAGGCUCUUAUAUCUACAGCCGUUCUGCGAACCCGAACCGGGAAAGCUUCGAGAAAGCUAUCGCUGAAUUGGAGUCGGCUGAGUAUGCUCUAGCAUUCUCUUCCGGGAUGGCUGCAACGGCUGCAGUCUUUCAGGGGCUUGCGACUAACUCGCAUGUUGUCGCCAUGGGAAGUCUGUACGGUGGAACCCACAGGUACUUGAUGCAUCUUGCCCCGGCAUUCGGAAUAAGGGUAUCAUUCGUGAAUGAUAUCCACACAGAGCUGGGCCCGCUCAUGAGUGAAUCCAAGGACAAGGUGACUGUCGUGUGGAUCGAGUCGCCGAGUAACCCGACUCUGUCACUUGUCGAUAUCAGGGCUGUGGCAGACACAGCCCAUGCCGGAGGAGCUCGUAUUGUGGUGGACAACACCUUCUUGUCGCCUUAUUUCCAGAACCCUUUGAACCAUGGGGCGGAUCUUGUGCUGCAUUCAGUUACCAAGUACAUCAACGGGCACAGUGACGUCUUGAUGGGUGUGAUUGCCUCUAACUGCCUUGAAAUAAAGAAAAAUCUAUCUUUCAUUCAGAACGCCGCUGGAAGCGUUCCUGGUCCAUUUGACUGUUGGCUUGCGCAUCGUGGACUGAAAACUCUCCACCUCCGUGCUCCUGCCGCAUCUCGCAGUGCCCUGGCCAUAGCAGAAGUGUUAGCCGCGUCGCCCCUUGUUCUGAGCGUCAACUAUCCUGGACUUGAUGAUCAUCCCGACCGAGCUAUUGCACUUAAGCAGCAUCGGGAUGGUCUUGGCGGGGGAAUGGUUUCAUUCCGAAUCCGAGGUGGACGUGACGCUGCCACUAAGUUCUGCGAGGGCUCAACGCUCUUCACAUUAGCGGAAAGCUUGGGAGGUUUGGAGAGUCUUUGUGAAAUCCCAGCUACAAUGACACAUGCUGCAAUGCCACAGCAUGUGCGGGAGAAGGGUGGGAUUUACGACGAUUUGAUUAGGCUAAGUGUUGGUGUGGAAGAUACGGAUGACUUGGUGCAGGAUAUUCUAAAAACCUUGGAAGUUGCUGCUCAGAACAGUAUGUCUGGGGUGCCGGAGUGA